GCGGGCGAAUGGUGAUGGUGAUUGCACCGGAGCUCAUUUGUUGUCUCGCGCUAUUGUUGAACGACCCGGGCAUGAAUCUUACGAAUAGCAGCUUCAGCCACCACUACCAAGAUCCGUGGACCAUCUUCCUCGACGCUUUCCUCCACGACGCGAUCGCAACGCAGUCGAGCGCCGACCUGGCCGCGCUGGCGUUGACGUCCCGCGCGAUCGCCGCGCACCUUCGCGGGUCGCCGCGCUUUCGCCUUCUCCAGCUUCUGCACCUGCGCAACCGCAUGGCCAUCGUGGACGACCGCAAUUUGCGCUUCCUCGUACACACCGAGGUCAAGACGGCGUGCGGCAUCACGGGCAAAGGCUUUGGCGUCUACUUUUUCACGAGCGACCCGCAACGCAUCCGAACGCCGGCGCCCCUGUACCUCAAGGACCUCCACGCCGAGAUCUGGCGCCUCGCUAACCUCACGCAUGCGACUGCGUACGAGUCGACGUGUGCGAUUGGACGAAUUCACAACUGCGCGUGCGACGGCUACUACCAGCCGCGCCUCAAGGUCCGCCUGAGCGCUAUGACCAAGUGCAAAACGACGCUUGUCGAAAAGCACAGCGCGCACCCGCACGCCUAUGUCGUCUCCGCGACGGACGCCCCGCCGCGAUGGCUCCUCUCCAACGACAUGGCUUGGGACGACAUGCUCUCGUGCCACGAGUUUGGCCGCCGCGUCGCAGCCAAGCGCUGGUGGGACGACCGCCAUCCCGACGUCCGCCGCCUCGCGCCCAUCCUGCGCGACCGUUUCAUGACGUGGCGCGACGCCGACUGCCCAGUCGUGUUCCAAACCAACGGGUGCUCCUUCAACCUGUCGCCCUUCCACGCCGAGUACACGACCGAGAUUUUUCUCGCUCAGCACGCAAAGGGCCAAGCGAUCGACCUCGACGACGACGACGACACUGAGAGCGACAUAUCUUCGGACGACGACGGCGAUGCACCCGUGCACUAGCCUUAUUUGGUCUAUCUGCUUGUCCAAGACUUAUUUAAACGCAACGUGUUUGUAGCUGGUAUUGUUUGAUAUCUACUAUUUAUUUCCA